AUGUUUGCAAGGUCCACUAGAACCGUCGCACAGGUGGUGAGAAAAGCACCUUCUAGAUCACUCUUGGCUCGCCGAGGAAUUUCUGGUUUACAUAUCCAACGGAAUGGUCUACCAAAAAAUAGGCAUUUUAUAACUGGCGCAGUGGCUCUUGCAAGUUUGAGUACUCUUUUAUGGAUAUCCGAUAGACCUACUAUCGAUAAUGGUACUGUGAAGGACAGUACCAAGAAAUCAAUUGAUCCUAAAGAGGUUGAAAAACAUAACGCACCGGAUGAUUGCUGGGUGGUCAUUGACGGCUACGUAUACGACCUUUCAGAUUUCAUUCCAUCGCAUCCUGGUGGUCCUGCAGUCAUUCGAGCUAAUGCUGGGAAGGACGUUAGCGCCAUCUUUGAUCCACUUCAUGCACCUGAUGUCAUUGAGAAAUACAUAGCACCAGAAAAGAGGCUAGGGCCCUUGGAAGGUCAAAUGCGUGAAGAGUUGAUCUGUCCACCAUUUGCUCCGGGAGAUUCAGUCGACGAAAUGGCUGAGAAACAGCAAUUGAGAGCUGAGCUACCACCUUUGGAGCAUAUUAGUAACAUUUACGAUUUUGAGUACUUGGCAUCACAGAUCUUGUCGAAACAAGCUUGGGCAUAUUACUCUUCUGGUUCUGAUGAUGAGGUCACCAUGAGGGAGAAUCAUUCUGCAUAUCAUCGUAUUUUCUUUAAACCAAAGGUACUAGUGGAUGUCGCUAACGUCGAUACAUCUACUGAAUUCUUGGGUUUACCUGUAGACGUGCCAUUCUACGUGUCUGCUACUGCUUUGUGUAAACUGGGAAACCCCAAGGAAGGUGAAAAGGAUAUUGCUCGUGGUUGUGGUUCAGGCCCAAAGAAAGUGGUUCAAAUGAUCUCUACAUUAGCUUCUUGUUCUUUGAAAGAGAUCAUAGAGGCUGCCCCAUCAAAAGACCAAAUUCAAUGGUUUCAACUUUAUGUUAAUAGCGAUCGUAAAGCUUGUGAUGAGCUAUUAGCAGAAGCAGAGAAGCUUGGUGCCAAGGCUAUCUUUGUCACCGUGGAUGCUCCAUCUCUAGGGAACAGAGAAAAGGAUGCAAAGGUAAAGUUUUCUGCUGACAAGUCGGGACCUGAAGCGAUGGAACGUACUAAAGAGCGCAAGCAAAAGGCUAAGGAAGUAGAGGAGCAAGGUGCUUCUAGAGCUUUGUCCAAAUUUAUCGAUCCAUCCUUAUCGUGGAAUGAUGUGGUUGAGAUGAAGAAGAAGACUAAACUACCAAUUGUCAUUAAGGGAGUUCAAAGGGCUGAAGACGUUCUUAAAGCCGCAGAGCUUGGUAUCGAUGGUGUAGUGCUCUCUAACCAUGGGGGGAGACAACUCGAUUUCUCUAGGUCCCCAGUGGAAGUCUUGGCCGAAGUUGCACCAAUGAUUAAAGAGAAGAACUUGGACAAGGAUUUCCAAAUUUUUGUUGAUGGGGGUAUACGCCGUGGUACAGAUAUUUUGAAAGCCUUGUGCUUGGGAGCUAAAGGUGUAGGCCUGGGCAGACCUUUCCUGUAUGCAAACUCGACUUACGGGAAAGAAGGUGUCGAAAAGUUGAUCGAGAGAUUGAGCUUUGAACUAGAGAUGGACAUGAGACUCUUGGGUGUCAAUUCUGUCAAGGAACUUGGUCCAGAGCUUCUCGAUCUCACAGCACUAAAAUCUAGAAGCGUCGAAGUUCCUAAGGACUACCUUUACAACCAAGCAUAUAAGAAGGCAUCCUUCACUGAUUUUGAAACCUGA